UGAGUCAUGGACUAGAGCAUGAAGAUUUCACAUUUGUCCGAGAAUCUGAUGGAGAAGCAGGGACUCAGAGGUCUCACAUGCACCUGGAGUAAUGGUGAAGUAGGAGGUGCAACUGGAGCCCAGGUGUGUGAGAAUACAGAAUCUGAAUCCUUCAGCAGGUGCAUUUGGCCUUGGCAGAGCCAAGGGGCCUAGUGUGGGGUGGAGGGGGACUUGCUCUACCUCUUUGGGUCCUGCUGAGGGUCAAUUUCUCCCAGAACAUCUGGAAAAGAAAAGAGGAGAAUUUCCUUCUACGGUUAAGGGCUUGACUGCUUCUUUGUCUUUGUGCUCAUUAGAAUAUAGUGUGUUUUCUGGGGUAUUCCACCCUGGGGUGAAGGCUUGGUGAGACACCUACAGGCUGGAUUGUGGGUUCUGACCCUGCACCCCAUCCCUUAACUCUGCUGAGAUCUUUGCUGGGAGGGACUUAAAAGAGGAGGGAAACCAGAAGGUGGGGCUCCAAGGCAUCAUAUAUAUUCUGCAACUGCAAGAGACUCACAGGAGACUGGACACCAUUGGGAAGAGCCACCCAGUGAAGCCACAACAAUGCCAGGCCAACAGGUUCCAUACACUCUGCAUCUGUCUUUGUCUAUUGGUUCUUCGGUGACAAUCAGGGGGAAACCUGCCGUCUCUUUCAGCAAGGACCCGCAAAUGCAGGUGGAUUUCCACACUGGGACCAGCGAGAAGUCAGACAUUGCCUUCCACUUCCGAGUCUACUUUGGCCAUCGGGUGGUGAUGAACAGUCUUCAGGCCGGGGGCUGGAAGCGUGAGGUGGCGGUCUCCCACAUGCUCUUUUCAGAUGGCCAACACUUUGACCUGCGCUUCUUGGUGCUGCAAAAUGAGUACCAGGUAAUCGUAAAUGGCCAACACUAUUGCAGCUUUGCCCACCGACUGCCGCCAGGGUCUGUGAAGAUGGUGCAGGUGUGGAGAGAUAUCUCCCUGUCUUCGGUGGAUAUCUCCUAGAGAGGAAGUGGCAGCAUUCCCCACUGUCCAGGAGCUCCCUCGAUCUACAUGAUUAUUGCGUUCCCAGAGCUCGCUAAUGAAAAGAUUCUUCCUGAUGCCUCCUCCACAAUUGGUCAUUAAAACCUCUGCAAACUUAACAGGAUGUGGUUCUU